AUGGCGCCUCCCACAGAGUCCUCCACGGCGACCAGCGUUGAGGCCUCUACCGGCUCCGUGUCUCGCCGCAACGCCUCACAAAGCGAAGCAGAUCUAACCUCAGUGGAGCCCGUCAACGGCACGACCAAGGACCGGCUGUCCAAGACACCGCAGAAGAAGUAUCGCCAUGUCGCCGCGGUGCAUUCUCAGACGAGGCCAUCGUGUCUGAGCCACGACUCCCCUGCGGCUCCUAGCUUUCUCGGAUUCCGCAAUCUCAUGGUCAUUGUGCUUGUUGUUGGCAAUCUGCGAUUGAUGAUUGAAAACAUUCAAAAGUACGGCGUCUUGAUCUGUAUCAGAUGUCACGACUACAGACGACAAGAUCUGCUCCUGGGUCUCUUGCUUUAUUUUCUUAUUCCAUGCCAUCUGUUUGCGGCAUACCUGAUAGAGUUUGUAGCUGCCAAGCAGGCCGAGGGGUCCAGGAAACGAAUCAAGGACAACAGCGCUGGCCCUUCGGAAGCAGAGCGCAAGAAGUUCCACUCCAUCUGGGUUCUCGCGGCUUUAGCCCAUGGAAUCAACAUCACUCUUGCCCUCGCAAUCACCACUGUUGUGGUCUAUUUUUAUGUCUAUCAUCCGUUGAUUGGCACAUUGACCGAGAUGCACGCCAUCAUCGUGUGGCUCAAGACGGCCUCAUAUGCAUUCACCAACCGAGAUCUUCGUCACGCCUAUCUACAUCCAGUUGCAGGAGAAGAAGUACCUGAUUUGUACAAAUCUUGCCCAUACCCACAAAACGUGACGAUGAAGAACCUGGUUUACUUCUGGUGGGCUCCCACCCUGGUGUAUCAACCUGUUUAUCCGCGGACCGACAAGAUUCGAUGGGUGUUUGUGUUUAAGCGACUCGGAGAGAUCUUUUGCCUGGCUGUUUUCAUCUGGGUUGCCACCGCCCAAUAUGCAACGCCCGUUUUGCGCAAUUCGCUUGACAAGAUUGCCUCUCUUGAUCUACCCAACAUCUUGGAGCGACUUAUGAAGCUUUCGACAAUCUCUUUGGUCAUCUGGCUGGCUGGCUUCUUUGCGCUCUUCCAGUCCUUCUUAAAUGCCCUUGCCGAGAUAAUGAGGUUUGGCGAUAGGUCGUUUUACGACGACUGGUGGAAUAGUGAAAGCUUGGGCGCCUACUGGAGGACUUGGAACAAACCUGUUUAUACUUACUUUAAGCGCCAUGUCUAUAUGCCCAUGAUCGGACGAGGCUGGAGCCCUGCUGCUGCCAGUUUCGCCGUCUUUUUUGUUUCUGCGGUUCUUCAUGAAAUCCUUGUUGGUGUUCCAACGCAUAAUAUUAUCGGCGUCGCUUUCUUUGGCAUGUUUCUCCAGCUCCCUCUCAUCGCCAUUACUACCCCGCUUGAGAAGAUGAAACUCGGCCAUGGCGGCCGCAUCCUUGGAAAUGUCAUAUUUUGGGUUUCGUUUACAAUCUUUGGACAGCCAUUCGCGGCGCUGAUGUAUUUCUACGCUUGGCAGGCCAAGUACGGUAGCGUGAGUAGGAUACCACAGCCGGUACACCACUGA